ACUCGCUCGUCUCUUGUGUGGGUCCUUAGUGGUGUGUGGUCAGUGGCUACGCUCUUGUACGUGUUUAUGGAUAUGAACUUGGAAAUCAGGCCCAAGCUCUCGGGGGACCUUCAUGCGUGGUGACCCGGUGGUGUCACAUCCUCGUAGUCACCGACUGAUCUUCUUCCUCGAAAAGUGGAGCGCCCUGCUGGCUGGUCGUGCGUGCCUAGAACUUUGGGGACCAAGCCAAUCUGGCCAGGAAGGUCAUGGGAACGUGUUUUGGAACCUAAGUCCAAGCUAAGGAGAGACUCGCAAGUACACCGUCCUGGUCGUUCUCGUCGUCCGCAGCCUUGUCCUCCUCCUUGUCACUAUCGCUCUCGUUAUCGUGGUGGGAUCGUGAACCAAGAGCCAGGCGGGCACGCAGGCCGGCAGGACCAAGACCCACCCACGAACCUUACUCUGGUGGUGCGGGUCCAUGUUAAGGGGGAGAUCCUGGAAGCCAUCAAGGCAUUAGCCAGCGGGCACUAGAGUCCGUGGAGUCCGUGGUAGUGGCUAAGUGAGCCUCUAUCGGACGGCCAAGCCGGUGUCUGGUUGGACGGGUGGUAUGGCUCCCGGCACAACAAAACUCGUGUAUAAGUUAAUCACGUUCCAAUCGCAGUAGCCUCUUCACUCAUUGCCCUCCCACUCCUCAAAGCCUCAAAGCCUGAAAGCCUCAUUGGCCGAGUGUGCCACAUUGACCCUAAAACGAAAUCGCUCUCUAAUCGAUCCAUGGAAAGAUGAUCGACUGUCACACAAUGAGAAACAAGGGUUUCAGUUCGAAGACUAGCCUUCUAAUGUCACGAUCUCUGAUCAGCUCCAUCCUCAACACCAUCAUCACCCAUUGAGCGCCGCCGCCGCCGCCGUCGGCCGCUGCCGGCUCGAUUAUUCGAUUAUGUAAUCCCGGGUUCGGCGGGCCAGAAAACACUUUUUUACGUUGAGUGAGUUGAGCUCGCUGGCUUGUGAGUCGAGCCGUCUGGCAUGGCUGUUUUCGGCCAGCCCAUGGCCAAGACUCGUCGGUUUCCACAUCAUUCCACCCAUGAAUUCAGGUGACCAGGAGGUCAGGAAGUGCGUACAUCCAUUCCGAAGAGUUAAUCCGGAAACAAGGCCGGGCUAGCAGUGUGUGUGUAAGUGUAAGUGUACGUCUCUGUCUGUGCCAUUCGUAUCUCAUAAGCGUUAAUGUGCGUUUGUGUGCGUGCAGGCGAGCGUGAGCCAGUGACAUUACAUGGAAAGCUGAGAAUUGGGCUCAGUGCCAAUGGCGGCCAGGGAAGAUCCGUUGCUCAAACGGGCCCCGGGGCCCGCCAGUAGCCCUGAACACGACCCGAGCUCGUUCCAGUCGCGAUUGGGUGGGAUCCAGAUCGACGAGACACUCCUCCUCGAGGAUCCCACCUUUGAGGACCUCGACCGACGACACAUCAAGCCCGUCUUGAAGAAGAGUCCCUCGCCAAAUCAUGGUCCAGACUCCAACCGCAGUCACUUGGAGGUGAUUCCAGCCUCGCCCAGGAUUCCCUCAUUGGAGCUCGAUUCCGAGGACUCGGAGGCCAAAGAGUCCGAAUUAGAACGCGAACUUAUGGGCGAGGACUACGACAAAUACGACGAAUAUGGUCGGACCCCUCCCCGAUCACGGAUCUCCAAUAAUCGAAAGUGGAAAGACAAUAAGAAGCUCGCUGCCGAGCCCGAGAGACUGUCCCCUCAGUUCCUGUGUCUCCCCGAUGAUGAGUCGGAUUCGGAUCUCGAGGAUCUGAGCACCAGUUCGGGGGGUCGGUGGGGAAAGACCUCCGUGGGAUCCUCGUCAUCGCAAAAAUCCUCCCCAUUUCGAAGGUAUUCGGGAGACUCGCCCCGGCGGAGAAAAUCGACCAAAUUUGUCUCGUUCGAUCGGGACGAUUUGGAUGGUCCCCUUCCAACCACGUUUGCGCAGUUCAAUCAACGCAAACGUGCCACUCAUUUGUCCCGAGAUCACGAGCGUUCCGAGAAAUGGGAGGCCAACGUGUUCUCGCCCAUCUACGGCGAGAACACCACCUUGUCGCUCGGGGCCCCCCGUGGAGGGGGCGGUACCACCACCUACUUGACCAGUCCGGCCUCAACCGGGAGUCUAUCGCAAUUGGGUCAUUCGGAUAGUGUACCCCUGGGCAUGAGUCGGAUCCCCGCCGGAUUGAAGGUGGAAACUCGGAACCGCUUCACGUCCUUGUUCAGCUCCAAGUCGGUGGCUCAACAUCGGGGUGUGUUGGACGCUUCGGAUCCUUCGUCAUUGGGUAAUGCGUCCAGUGAAUUGCUCACCCCUCGUCGUCGAACCUCGUCCGUGUCGGGGACGGAUCGACAGACCUUCCAUAAAGUGUUCAGUGCCAUGAUCAAGUCCAAUCAGCUCUAUUCGGCCGAGAAGCUCGACCGACAGGCCAUGUAUCGGCGGGAAAAGAGCUACAACGACGCCCAAGUCUAUCAGAACGACAGUGGCGAUCUGAUUUGGCUGGAGCUGCAGGCGUGGUUCGCUGGUCGGACCGUCAUGGAACAGGAUGCCUUCAUCACCUCGGCACGCCGAUCCAUUCGGGGAGUGAUCGACGAGAUCCUGGACUUCCACUUUGAGACCGACGAGGAGCAGAACGAGCGGAUGCGGCUGGAGCGCGAGCGCGAUCGAGAGGCCAGCGUCAUGUCCGAUCGCUCGGACGGCACGGUGGAUGCCAGCACUUCCAGUGACAUCUACUACGACGCCUACGAGGACCCGUUGUCGAGUAGCUUCAAGAACAUGAUGGUCUUGGAGCGGGGCAUUAGUGAAGUGUCCAAUGUGAGUGAGUUGGACUCGGACUCGAGUCUGCUCAAGAUGGACUAUUGCUUCGACGACAUUCGAUACUCCUUGGAUGUGUUCAACGAGGAGCGUGUCAUGGUCAUGAACAUGGCCCUGAGCCAGGUGGCCAAUCUGCUGGAGAAGGUCGAACGGGCCGAGCAAUACUACGCCUCCGAGCGGACCUUCAAGACCGACCAGAACAUUGCCGGCAACAAGGAGUUCCAAGCGCGCAUGAAGUGCCUGUGCAUGUGGUACAAUCUGACGGAUCAAUUGCGGUGCAAGAUCAAGGUCCUGGGCAAUGUGCUCUUGGGAUUGGGCGCCACUCGGCGAGUACCUUGGCCCUGUUGGCUGGAUGACCCGACGGGUGCGUCCGUUUUGGACGACCCGCUCAUGGCGAAAACCUCGGUGGCGUCCACCUCGGACGUGACUCUGGUACCCUCUGAAUCCUCGCGAAAGAACACGCCUAAUCACUCUCGGAGCUCGUCCUUACUCGAUGUGGAUGCGGCUAAUCGGUUGGCCGUGGCCAACAUGUCUCGCGUGAGGUUUAAUGUGUCCGAAGAAGAUGCCAAUUCCACGAAUCCGUCCGAUUCCAAUAACUCCACGUCCACCACGGACUCGGCGGCCAAUUCUCAGCCCUCCUCGGCCGUGCCCUCGGCCAUCGUCACCGAAACGGGUCGGCAGAUCUCGAACUCGAGCUGUGGCAACUACUUCUUCAUUUCCGACGGGAGCACGUCUUCCCAAUUGGACCUGAAGUCCAACGCCAGUCCGUAUCGCAAGUACGUGGACAAGUAUUUGAAGACCAAGGGCCUUAGGAAGACCAUGUACUUCCUGAAUCGGGUGAUUCGCGGCCCGUUGCGCCGGACCAAGAUGGCUUUGGAGCGGCAACACCACGUGUUCCAGACCCAUCCCAGCUCGGAACACGGUCGGAAAUGGAGCGGGAGCGCGAGUGUGCCCUACCACCCUCAUCUGGAGGAGCGCUUCUCGUCGCACCCGGUGCCCUCGGAAGAACGCCGGGAGCUCUCCGAGUUCGGCGUGUGGAAUCCCGAGUUCAUGCGAAUGAACCUGCCCUCAUUCCGAGCGCCCUAUCUAUUCCUGUGUCGUAUCCCUCUCGACGUGAUUCAUGAGUGUCUCAAGAUCCGGUUGGAACAGAAACCUCACGAGCCCUCCGAGUUGAGCAUACGCCAGCUAAUGCGCGAAUGUAAAGAGGUGCUUCGAAUUGCGGUGAUUGAACGUCAGACCUACAUUUCUCGCGUGAGAGCGGCCAUCUACGACCCCGAAGUGGACAAAGAGUUCCUCGAUGCAUUUGAACAGGACAUGGAAGAGUUCGACCAUAAUCUCACCCUAACCCUGGAGGUUUACUUGAAUUACCUGCAAUCCUUUGUGACCAUGAUCCAAUCGGAUUCAUCGCUCAUGAUCUCGGCUUAUCAGAAGAGUCUCUUGGAGGAGGAAUGGCAGUUCAUCAAGACCACCUGUCCCCACAUUCCCGAUGGGGAGAGCUUCUCGGGAAACACGUUCUGUCAAAUGGCCUGUGGCAUGCUCAAAGCCAUUGGGGAUUUCCUCAACACUGAGAUCGACGAGGUGGUCAGACGAAUGUUCGUGUAUCCAGACAGCGAGAGCUCGGACGACGAGACCGUGACCAAACACCAGAUCUACGAGGCGUGUCGUGGAUUCCAAGCUGUGUUCCACGAAGCCAGGGAGCGCGCCAUCAAGGGCGUGGCUUUCGCCAAGACCCUGCGCAAGGACUUUGAAGUGAGUGCAGAGUAUACCAUGAACAUCACGGCUCCGGAAGUCAUUCAGCGGCUCUACGAGACGGGCCACGUCCGGAUCGUGGCUCCACUCUCGUCCAAACACCUCAUCUUCAUCGCCAGUCGGAUUCAAGAUCGCAACGACUUCAUCGAUCAAUUGCUGGCCAUGCAUUGUGGGGCGGAGGCUCUGCACGGAGGGGCGGGGCAUGGUGUACACGUGGGCGGUGGCAAGCCGGAAGAGAACACGGGCUACUUGGUCCUGGUCAAAUACGAGUAUGACGAGGAGAAGCCACUCGAUUGGGCCGGAGAGACGCUGGACAUCCGACCCACGGCCGAGACCACUAUCACCCUGUCCCAGAUUGAGGUUGAAGGUGUGCUCCUCGUUGCUCCCAAUGCUGCCUUGCUGUCCAAACGACGUGUGGAAUUCACCCGAGUCAUGAAGGAGUCCCUCACAUUGAAGCAUGAACAACGAGCCACGAUUAAUCGGAUUGCAGUGUCUUUAGAGCAAGUCAAGCAAGAGGCUCUGACUCUCCGAGAAAAGAUCUCCGAGGAAUUGGUCAUGGUCGAGGAGAAAUGUGAUGUGACCGGAAUGGGCGAGUUGGAACCGGCCGAUAAAGAGGCGCUGUCCCGUCGAACUCGAGAGAUAUUGCAUCAAUGCUACAAAUUUGGUUUCGAGUACCACAAGGAGUUGGAUCGAUUGGUGACGGGUCAAUCCUCGAGGACGGCUUUGUCCAAAGGUGUCAUUUCAUUCAGUCGUCAGUGGAUGAAUUUCGUCCUGACCCGAUGUGAGCGGGGGCGUGGCAUCAAGCCCCGAUGGGCCACCCAUGGGAUAGACUUCCUCCUCAUGACGUCAUCGCCCAACUACACCAAACAACUCAAUGACAAGUCGUUCCCGGAGUUCCGGAACCUCGUGGAGCAGUGCUACAACCACAUCAUUGGGGACGUGAGCGUGAGCUCGCCCACCCCUUCUGGCGGCAAUUCACCGGCCUUAGGCGGCAAUGGGGGGGCCACUUCGCCCAUAACAGACCCGGGAAGGAUCGGGGUGCGAUCGCCCAGUAACUCAAGGCCCAGCUCAGGGACCCGAAUGCAGUCGCCCGUUCGCACACCACAUCGUGUGGCAUCCGAGAGCAAGUUGCAUUGUGGACUGAGUGCCGUGGGCGAGCACAAGGCCAUUGACGAAGCCAUCCAUUCUCAUUCUGAUCCGCCUUCCACCUCCUCGCCAGGAACGGGACAACUCAAGAACCCUUGGCAAUUGCGCUCCGUUAGUGAGACGAAUCCGCCCAAUGUGGACAAGCUGCAUAUGCCUCCACCUCCGAGUCCCUAUGUUCCUCGGAAAACCAGCAAACCCAAACCGAAUGGAGCUGGAAGUGACGAGCCUGACACACCGGAAGUGUCCGUCAAAGUUCCUCCCUAUGUGGACCCUUGUAUUCCAGCCCAUCUACCCUGGAAAGAGCGGGUGCAAAAAAGCAUGCUGAAUCUGGAGAAAUUUCGUGACUCUAAGCGCAAAGAUGCGGGUAUUAUUGGGAAUGUCCUGGACAAGGCCAGGCGCGAGGACCGCAUUCAUAUUCGAUCAAAAACGGUCAGUUUCUCGUGGCAAAGAGGCAAUAAAAUCGGUCAAGGACACUUUGGCAAGGUCUACACCGCCAUCAAUAAUGAAACCGGUGAUAUUAUGGCCAUGAAGGAGAUCCCCCUGCAACCCAACGAUCAUAAGACCUUACGCAACGUUGCUGAUGAACUCAGGAUCUUUGAAAGCAUUCACCAUAAGCAUCUCAUUAACCACUACGGUGUCGAGGUUCACCGCGAGGAGAUGUUGAUCUUCAUGGAAUACUGUCCAGAGGGAACCUUGGAAGAUCUGGUUUCCACUAUGGAAGAUGGACUCGAGGAGAUCCUUCUGCGCAAAUACACCCGCCAACUCUUAGAUGCAGUAGCUUGUCUCCACAUGCACGGCGUGGUCCAUCGUGACAUCAAAGGAGCCAACAUAUUCCUGGCUGACGAGAUGAGAACUCUCAAAUUGGGUGAUUAUGGCUGUGCCGUCAAGAUCAAGGCUCACACGACCAUGCCCGGUGAACUUCAAGGCUUCGUUGGAACUCAAGCGUACAUGGCUCCCGAGGUCUUCACGAAAAACAUGAACGAAGGCUACGGACGAGCGGCCGACAUUUGGUCGGUGGGCUGUGUGGUCAUUGAAAUGGCCACCGGGAAACGCCCCUGGUUCGAGUUAGAGUCCAACUACCAGAUCAUGUUCAAAGUGGGAAUGGGCGAGAGUCCCCAAAUCCCGUUGAAGAUCUCCAACGAGGGCAAGGAGUUCUUGGCGUUGUGUUUCGAGCAUGAUCCAAGGAAUCGUGGCACGGCCGAAGACCUUCUGAGCGAACCUUUCUUAAAAUUUUACUUGGAAGAGGAGAACCAAUCGCUGCCCAUGUUUGCGUCGGUGACCGAUUUGCCCGAUUAUCAGCGGAAAAUUGCACUGAGCCGGAAGAGUUCAGGGCAUUUCUGACCCAAGGCCAAAUUGUCGGGUUGACUCGAAACCCAUCUCACCCGGCUGUAGCGGAGGGAGCGGCUGUAGCGGCGGGAGCGGCGCCAGGUCCGAUGUCAAAUCUGCAAAAAAGUGGAAGAGGAGGAACAAGCCCCGCCGUGUGUUCGACCGUUCGUGAGUUUUUUGAACGGUCAAACAAUAUUCCUUGGUGAAUGGAGGAGCUCGAUUCCGUUAUGUCCCUUGUUCAUCGGCUACAUUCAGAGAGAUAAAGUAGUAAAAUGCACGACAAAGCCACCACUGUUUGGCAAACAAUCCGACCCGGUCCUCGUGUCAGGACCUCAACAUUACGGUUACCCUCUCUUCUAUUAGGGCCUACUCAUUCCAUCAAUUCGUGAUUGCAACCCAUGAACUACAAUGUGAUAAACCGAUAUGUGUAGAAGGAGUCAUGUCUCGUUGUGUAUGUCAUGUUGUCCCACAGGAUGAAAAUAAUAUUAUCACCUGUGUCAUAUAGUUCUAUUCAAUGAUUAUCAGUUAAUCUCAACGAUCAUGCCACCACAUAAACGUUAUAUUAUAUUCAGUCCACUAACUUUUACUCGAAUAAAAGAGUGUGUGCGUGUUCAA